AUGGAGACUCCACUGCUCCUUAACACCCUCACAACAUUAACACUACUCACCCUCCUUACCCCUAUUAUCCUUCCCCCCCUCCUAAAUCUAAAAAACUCCCCCAUAUCCAUCACCAAAACCAUUAAAACCGCCUUCCUAAUCAGCCUAAUCCCAACAACAAUCUUCAUCCACUCAGGGGCAGAAAGCAUUGCCACCCACUGAGAAUGACAAUUUAUCCCCAACUUCAAGAUCCCCAUCUCCCUAAAAAUAGACAUAUACUCCAUAAUAUUCUUCCCCAUUGCACUAUUUGUAACCUGAUCCAUCUUAGAGUUCGCAACAUGAUACAUAGCAUCCGAACCAUUUAUUACAAAAUUCUUUACCUACCUACUCACCUUCCUCAUCGCCAUAUUAACACUAACCAUCGCAAAUAACAUAUUCCUCCUAUUUGUAGGAUGAGAAGGAGUAGGAAUCAUGUCAUUCCUUCUCAUUGGAUGAUGACAAGGACGAGCUGAAGCCAACACAGCUGCACUACAGGCAAUAAUCUACAACCGAAUCGGAGACAUUGGCCUCAUCCUAAGCAUAGCAUGACUAGCCUCUUCCCUAAACACCUGAGAAAUUCAACAAAUCACCCACCCAAACCAAACACCCACCCUCCCCCUCCUUGGCCUAAUCCUAGCCGCCACAGGAAAAUCCGCUCAAUUUGGCCUUCACCCAUGACUUCCAGCAGCAAUAGAAGGCCCAACCCCUGUCUCCGCCCUACUCCAUUCCAGCACAAUAGUAGUUGCUGGAAUUUUUUUACUCAUCCGCACCCACCCCUUCCUGUCAUCCAAUAAAACAGCCCUGACAACGUGCCUAUGCUUAGGUGCUCUAUCAACACUCUUUGCCGCAACAUGCGCUCUCACUCAAAACGACAUCAAAAAAAUCAUUGCCUUCUCCACUUCAAGCCAACUAGGCCUCAUAAUAGUCACAAUUGGCCUAGACCUCCCCCAACUAGCCUUCCUCCACAUCUCAACCCAUGCCUUCUUUAAAGCUAUAUUAUUCCUAUGCUCCGGCCUAAUUAUCCACAGCCUCAAUGGAGAACAAGACAUCCGCAAAAUAGGAUGUCUACAAAAAACCCUCCCAAUAACCACCUCCUGCCUAACCAUUGGCAACCUUGCUCUAAUAGGAACUCCAUUCCUAGCAGGCUUCUACUCAAAAGACCUGAUCAUCGAAAACCUAAACACCUCAUACAUCAAUACCUGAGCCCUCUCACUUACACUACUUGCCACAUCUUUCACUGCAACCUACAGCCUCCGCAUAACCUUACUAGUCCAAACAGGACACACACGAACCCCAGCAAUCACCCCCAUUAACGAAAACACCCCCCCAGCCAUUCUCCCAAUCAUACGACUAGCCCUUGGCAGCAUUAUAGCAGGCCUAUUAAUCUCAUCCCUAAUCCUCCCCCCUAAAACCCCUCCAAUAACUAUACCCACCAUCACAAAAACUGCUGCCAUCAUUGUUACAACCCUAGGAAUUAUCCUAGCCCUAGAACUCUCAAGCCUAUCAUACUCCCUCACUCCCCCAAAACACAAUCCCCUCAUAAACUUCUCCUCCUCCCUAGGCUACUUUAACCCCCUAACUCACCGAAUUAGCCCCUCAAUCCUCCUACAUACCGGACAAAAAAUUGCAUCCCACUUAAUCGACAUAGCAUGGUACAAAAAAAUAGGCCCCGAAGGCCUUGCCAACCUUCAUCUCACCAUAACCAAAAUCUCAACCACACUCCACACAGGCCUAAUUAAAUCUUACCUGGGUUCUUUCGCCCUCACAAUCCUUACAACGAUCCUACUUAUCCAAAAAUAA